AUGGCUGGUGUUGAUACCAGCGAGAUCCGCCAAUGGAGAUCAAUAGUUACACUCAUCGCCUUUGUAAUUGCUAAUAUCCUUGUACUCUGGCCCUUCCAUAUCCCUGUGUACGUCCCGAAACCCCUCGUGGACGUGACAUGGCGAUGUUUUGUCCACCUUCGCAUUAUACCAGCAACCACACAUCAUGCCAUUCUUCACAACAAAGAGCGUUGCACAAAACAUUUUGUGCGCUUCAAUUUUCCUGUCAAUUUCAUUACUGCGCCUCUAAUUGCUGAUUUGUUCCUCUUGGCUAUCUCUGCGAUUGGUCGCCAAGAAGUACACGAUGGAACCGUCGGCGCAAACCAUAUCCAUCCUCUUGACAUCAUGGCCUUCUUCAUCACUCUGGCUUACAUUGCCAUAUCUAUCGACGCGUCUGGUAUCAUCAGAUGGUUGGCUUUCAAGGUGCUGUCCUGGGGUGGAAAGGUCGGCCAUCGACUCUUCUUCUACCUCUAUGCUUUCUUCUUCCUGCUUGGAAGUUUCAUCGGCAACGAUCCCAUCAUUCUCUCUGGGACAGCUUUCCUCGCAUACAUGACGCGAGUUUCGAAAAACAUCACAAGCCCGAGAGCUUGGAUCUUCACGCAGUUCUCAGUUGCCAAUAUCGCUUCAGCCAUCCUUGUCUCAUCUAACCCCACCAAUCUUGUCCUGGCUGGGGCGUUCGAUAUCAAGUUCAUCGUCUACACCGCCAAUAUGAUCGUUCCGGUUGUGGUUACAGCCAUCGUUCUCUUCCCAUUCCUCCUCUAUGUCGUGUUUGCCGAUGAAAAGCUCAUUCCUUCCGAAAUCGAGAUGCACACCCUACCUCAAGCAGCGAAAGAAAAAGAACCGGUCAACCCAAACAUCCCCUACGUGCAACACCAGGCCGAAGAAUCCGCCGAAUCGGGUGAGGGCCGACAAGAAAUGACUCUCUCACUUGCUUACAUCAUGAAUCCAUUCCUCGACCGCAAAGGCGCAGCAUUUGGCGCUCUAAUUAUGUCAGCCACCCUCAUCACCGUCUUAGCUAUCAACGCCGCGAGUACAGGUACUGGCGAGAUCCCUGUCUUCUGGGUGACUGUUCCAGCCGCAUUCGUCAUGUUUUGCUGGGAUUUAGGAUCUGGCUGGAUUCAUCGACACGAUACGCGUGAAACAGCUGCAAAGUACAAGGCGGAAAUGGUAACCGCAAGAGCCGAAAGAGCUCUUCAAAGAUCUGCAAUUUCGCAGGAUGAAUCAGAACCCAAGCUGGAUGCCACGUUUGGCGUCUCCGAUGGUGGUGCCGCUGCAAAUGGCGAGCAAACAGAAGGCAUUGCACUCAAGAAUCUCCCAGACACCAACGACCAUACCAAUUCUCAAUUCGAAAUCCCAAAGCUGGUGGUUUCAAACACUGCAGGAAAUAGCCCUGUUAUCAUAUCAGGAUCGGAGCCACAAACGCCAGCGCAAAAGUUCAACACUCCCCCGGGUGGCGAGGACACUCUCCACGCCCAGAACAUGUCAACAUUACCCUCGGCGCAGAUGGAUGCAGAGAAACUUGAAGCUGGCAAUUCCCAACAAACAUCAAAACAGCCGAUUGAUAAACCCAACCUGGUUUCAAAGUCGCGAGAGGCAUACGAGUGGCUCCAAGAGACCUUUCCAACUGUUAUGGCUGUAGCGGCUCAUCUUCCAUUCGCCUUGGUACCAUUUGCGUUUGCCAUGUUUGUGCUCGUUCAAGCACUUGUGAGCACAGGCUGGGUCAACGUUUUUGCGUGGGGAUGGUAUCACUGGUCCAAGAGGACCGGUACUAUUGGAAGUAUUGGUGGAAUGGCAUUUCUUUCAGUCGUUUUGUCCAACUUCUCGGGCACUAACAUUGGCACCACGAUUCUUCUAUCACGUAUCAUCCAAGCCUGGAAGGAAAUCAACUGCACAGUAGACACCAGUCUCAUCACUGAUCGAACAUACUGGGCCACGAUUUACAGCAUGGCUCUUGGCGUCAACUAUGGCGCGUUCAGCACCGCUUUUAGCGCGUCUUUGGCUGGUCUUCUUUGGAGGGACAUUCUCGCUCGGAAGCACAUUCAUGUAAAAAGCCACGAGUUUGCACGAGUGAACUUUCCUAUAAUUGCUAUUUCCAUGGCGGUUGGAUGCUUGGUUUUGGUGGGAGAAGUGUAUAUCGUGAGGGAUAACUCUCCGUAUGCAUCUUGGGAAAAGGCUUGUCCGAAUCGUUGA